AUGGUGAUGAAGAUGAUGAUGGCUCCUGACAGCAGUGACGGUGGCACUUCAUGUGGUUGUAAAGGCAUCCGGCGGUGUCUCGUUUGUGAAAAGUUUAAGAGGACAGUACAACUGGAGGCGACUGAAUCACAGGGUGUGAAUCAUUUCGUCUACAACCCAGAAACGAGGCUCGCCGUUGCCGAAGAUGGUGAUUCUGCAUCUUUCCCGUUCCCUGGUGUCUUUCUGUGGGAGAACUUUAUAUCAGAGGAGGAGGAGAAGGAGCUGAUAAACACGAUGGACCAGGACCAGUGGAAUCUGUCGCAGUCUGGUCGAAGGAAACAGGACUUUGGGCCAAAGGUGAACUUCAAAAAAAGGAAAGUGCGCAUCAGUAACUUCAGCGGACUUCCUGCUUUGAGCCAAACACUGGUCCUCCGGAUGCAGCAGGAGCCGAGUCUCGCUGGCUUCCAGCCAGUGGAGCAGUGCAACCUGGACUACCAUCCUCAGCGAGGCUCGUCCAUCGAUCCACACCUGGACGACUCCUGGCUGUGGGGGGAGAGGCUGGUCACCGUCAACAUGCUAUCAAACACCACCCUCACCAUGUCUCUUGAAGAGGGGCUGCCCAAGCUGGGGCUGCCGGAGGAAGUCCACGUAGCUGUGCACCUUCCUCGCAGGUGUUUGGUGGUGUUAUAUGGGGAAGCACGGCACAGAUGGAAACACGCCAUUCACAGGGAGGAUGUUCAUGAGCGCAGAGUUUGCAGCACCUACAGAGAGCUUUCUGUAGAGUUCCUACCUGGAGGGCAGCAGGCAGAGCUGGGAGCUCAGCUGCUGGAUAUUGCUUUGAGCUUCCAUGGAAAUCCAAUAUAAUCAAAGCUGCUGGACGCAGAGGAAAACAAGGACCACCAGAGUUGGGGGCUACAUCACCUGGCCAAGUGAUAAACAGUGAAGAUGAGUCCUUCAUCGGGCAGAAGGCUGGUAGGCUGGGACUGUACCAUCUCCUCAAGAUUUGUGUGCAAUGAUAAGUCAGAGAUCUGCACCUUAAGUGGAACUACAGAGUGGUGUGUCGUCCAGAAUUACUUCAAAAUGCAAUUGUGCACAAGCUUUGGAAAACAGAGGGGUGUGCUAAAAGUGAGAUUAAGUGGUUAAUGAGGUAUGUUGAGCUUAAAUCCAGAGUUUUCAGUGUCACAAAGGCGCCUUUAAACCUGCCAGAUGAGGCUCUGCUCAGAGUUUGGGGUUUAAAUGAGCUGCAAGAAGCGUCUCUGUAUCACCGGUUUAUUUCCUGAUAAUAUUCUCUAUGAGCAAUGAAGAUUCUUCGUUGAGGUUAUAUCUGCCAACCUGCUGUGCUGUGCGUUAGUAGUAACACUGACUGAAGCCGUGCAGUUACAGUAAGCAAGCUAUAUACGUUGUGUUGCCACAGUAACCUUCAUGUAUUCAGUUGGUGAUGCAGAAAAUGCAUUAAUGUGAUUUUAUAUGUGGGUCUGAUUAGGUGCCAAGUAAAUUUUACACUGCAGACAGAUUACAACAUUGAUUAGUCACUUGGUAUUUAUUACAAUUUUACUUUGAUUUGGCCAAAAACUAAGCUGUUGUCCUUCAUUAUGGGACAGUUUAAGAGCUCUAAUCUGCAGCUGUCACAUUACAAAUAGGCAACAGCCAUUGAGACAGUUGUAACAUAAAUACAUUCACUUUCUACCAGAAUUCCUCUCUUACAUCAUUUGCAGAAACAUAUGCAAAUGACAUAUGGUUGGUGAUAUUUUGUCGUAAUUAAUUGUUAUAUUUUUUAAAGUUCUCCAUUGUAACAACCUGUUCCUUUUGGUUGAAACAGAUGACACAUCACUGAUCCAGUUUGUGCGGAAGAAGGGUCAAAAUUGCAUCAGACACCUAUUUUUAUGUGGCUGCACUCAGAGUCUGAAGAAGAAAAUUGGGUUAACAGAGAAAGUUGCAGCAGCUAACAGAAAGAAAGCCUGGAUAUGUCAAACUUGCUUCGUAAAACACCUCUCAGUUUGGGUAAAAAUAUUGUUAAUUUAGCAUAUUUGCAUUGAUCAGUAAAGUCUUGUUCCACUACGAGGCUCCACAGAAACAUCUGUGCUCUUUAGGUUUCAUUCAGUCUUUGGACCUGUAAUAAAGAGAUGAAAUUCAUUUUACCAAACGAUAUUCUCUUAUUUUGGGUUUUGAUUUAGAACACAGUCCUGAGGUUGCUGGUGCAGGUAACACAGGAGAAUAAAUCUGCCUCUCAUCGGUGUUUUAUCAGGCUGAUGCUGGUAAAUGUGAUGGUCAAGACAUAUAUAUAUAAUUUUAUUUUGUUUAUUUAUGUUUUUCUAAUUGACCGUUCCAGUUACCAGUUAUGUAAUCAGAAUAAUUUAAAAGAUGGACUACUCCCUGAAAAUUAUAAACUGUAAUUUAAACUGCAUUCUAUUUCUGUCUCAACUAUCAAGAGUUUAAAACUUGUUUUAUUAACUUGUGCAAAACUCUUCAUCCUCACCUAUGUGAUGACAAAAUCUAAACUGUGAUCAUAAAUGAAAUCUAAACACAGAUUUCUAUCAGAUAGAAUUGUAAUAAUGUUGUGAUUAAAGUUUUAUUUUUUUUAAAUUUCCAA